AUGGAGAUCGAAUCUUCGGCCAUUCCCGAGGCGGUCAAGGCCAACAUCCAUCCGGACUUCUGCUACUUGCGCAUACGACUGGUGGUGCAGCAGCGUGAGGAGCGGCGGACAGGCCUCCACGAAGAGCCAUUCCGCGCGGCCCUGCUCCAAGCCGUCACCAGCUUCUUCGGCCACGGCCUCGCCGGUGCUGGCCUGUGCGACCGGUUGGUCUUCGUCACAUACAACCACCGCACCAACACCGGCAUCGUCCGCGUGCCCGCCAGUGAUCUGACUGCCCUGUGGGGAGCGCUCACCCUCACGUCUCGAGCUAAUGGCGACUCUUGCCGAUACGAAGUGGAGCGCGCAACGCCAUUCCUUCCCUCGCUGGGGGCCACCUCGCGGGAGUUCUUCGACGAUUUUGCAGUUGAGCUGGGUCUGCGCCAGGCCACCACCGACGAAGCCAGUACCUAA